GCGCUUCAAACAGUUUUCUCUCAAACUUUCUGAAGUAAACAUCGCAGCAAAGAAGAAUCGUCAUGGCCCCGAAGACAAGUGGAAAAGCCGCCAAGAAGGCCGGGAAGGCCCAGAAAAACAUCUCCAAGGGGGAUAAGAAGAAGAAGCGUAAGCGCAAGGAGAGCUACGCCAUCUACAUUUACAAAGUUCUCAAGCAAGUUCAUCCCGAUACUGGGAUCAGCAGCAAAGCUAUGAGUAUCAUGAACAGCUUUGUUAAUGAUAUUUUUGAGCGCAUCGCCGCCGAAGCUUCUCGUCUGGCACAUUACAACAAACGCUCCACAAUCACAAGUCGUGAAAUCCAGACAGCUGUGCGUCUCCUCCUGCCAGGAGAAUUGGCCAAGCACGCCGUCAGUGAGGGCACAAAAGCCGUCACCAAGUAUACCAGCUCCAAGUAAAAAGGAUCCACGCGCUGUACUCUGGAGGAAAAUCAUUCUAUUCUUCGCAAUUUCACAUCAAAAAAUGGCCCUUUUCAGG